AUGUCCAAGAUAAUUUAUGAUGAUAAACCUGAUGAUCAAUUUAUUGAAAACAUCAACACUAAUGAUAAUACUUCAACAACAUCACAAAGUGAAACCAGUCCAAAUGAUGAAGAUUUUAGUGAUAUAAAUGAAGCUAAACUUUUAAGAAAACUUGAUAUUCGUUUGUUACCAAUUGUUUCUUUCCUAUACCUUUUAGCUUAUUUGGAUCGUGGUAAUAUAGGUAAUGCAAAAAUUGAAGGCUUACCAGAAUCAUUAAACUUAACACCUGAAAGAUAUAACUUAUGUUUGACUAUUUUUUUCAUAACUUAUGCCUUGUUUGAAGUUCCUUCAAAUAUGUUGAUGAAGAAAAUUGGACGUCCAAGUAUUUUUUUAGGAUCAAUUAUGGUUGCAUGGGGUAUUGUUAUGACCAUGAUGGGUGUUGUUCAAGGAUUUAGUGGGUUAUUUGUUACAAGAUUACUUUUAGGAUUAUUUGAAGCAGGGCUUUAUCCAACAUUGGCUUAUUUAAUGAGUAUGUGGUAUUGUAAAGGUGAAAUGCAGUAUAGACAAGCUAUUUUACAUGGUUCAGCUUCAGCUGCUGGUGCUUUUAGUGGCUUAUUGGCUUUUGCAAUUGCUAAAAUGGAUGGUGUUGGAGGUUAUGAAGGAUGGAGAUGGAUUUUCAUCUUGGAAGGACUAUUAACUGUUAUUGUUGCUGUUGCUUCUUUCUUCUUGAUGUAUGAUUUCCCAGAAACUGCAAACUUUUUAACUGAAAGGGAACGUUCAUUUGUUAUUCAUAGAUUGAAAUAUGAUUCAAAUAAAUCUAAAACACCUUUAAAAUCUUCAAGAUUUCCUCCAGAUUUCGGUAAUUUCACUGAAGAUGAUGAUAUUAAUUUAAAGCAAGCAUUAAAAGCAGCUUUAAAAGAAUGGAUUCUUUAUGUCCAUGUCUUGUUAUAUUAUGGAAUUAUUACACCAACUUAUGGAUUUGCAUUGUUUUUACCAUCUGUUGUUAAAGAAUUGGGUUAUUCAAGUUCCCAUGCACAAUUAAUGACUGUUCCGAUCUAUAUUACUGCAUCAAUUAUUUCCAUUGUUGUUGCUUGGUUUUCGGAUAAGGCUGGUCUAAGAUCACCAUUUAUUGCAGGAUCUUUAGGUUUAGUCGUUCUUGGAUAUACACUUGCACUUAUUGGUAAUGAAAUUGAUUAUCCAAACUUGGUUUAUGGUGGUGUUUAUGUUGCUGGAAUUGGUGUAUAUUCUGGUUUCCCAGGUCUUGUCAGUUGGGUUGCAUCAUCAUUGAUGAAUUCUAGGAAAAGAGCUAUUGGUAUGGCAUUACAUUUAGGUAUUGGGAACUUUGGUGGUAGUUUUUCCUCAAAUUUUUAUAAACCAAAUAAAUAUAGUAUGGGUCAUGCUUUAGAAAUUGGAUUUGCAGUUAUGGGAUUAUUAGCUUGUGCAUUUAUUGCAACAUAUUAUAAAUAUCAGAACAAAAAGAAACAAAGGGAUUUGGAUUUGGGUAAAUUUGAUCAUUAUUCAGAUAAACAACUUUAUCAAAUGGGUAAUAAUUCCCCAUUUUAUAAGUAUACUUUGUAA